AUUUAUCUGUCAUGCGCGACGCACGAUUGUGUCAAAUAUGUACUUGUAACGUAAAGACAGCGGUCACGCAAAGCAUUAUCUUCGUCUCAUUUGAUUCGAUCAUUACGUUCCAUCUUGAAAAAACUCUCGAUCAAAUGAUAUCGUAGAAUCGUGAUUAUUCAUUAAUUGUGGAUAAUCGAUAACCUAUCGGAUAGUGCAGCUUUCCACGUACGAGAUAAUAACUCGGAAAUCCCCAUUGCGACUUCUUUAGAUUUUCUUAUAUAUAUUUAUCGCAUUUAAUUGUGUAUGCUACGCUAUAUAAUUAAUGCGAGUUAUUUAUUAUAUAUAUUAUUGACAAAGCUUCUCGUUUUGACAUGGAGAUAUUCAGUCGCUCGAUGGAUUAGAGGUUCUCAAGAACAGCAUGAUUAUAUCGAAGGUGUGGUGUGCAAGCAGGAAGAUAUCAACGAAAAUGAAAUGAAAUUAUUACCCCUUGGAGAUAAUGAAGACAAAAUUUUAUUAAUAAAACAAAAAGGUGAAUUGCAUGCGAUUGGUACCAAAUGUACACAUUAUGGAGCUCUACUACAUACUGGAGCACUAGGAGAAGGACGAGUGAGAUGUCCAUGGCAUGGAGCUUGCUUUAAUAUUAAAACUGGAGAUAUUGAAGAUUAUCCAGGCUUGGAUUCUUUACCAUGCUACAAGGUUCGUAUAGAUGAAACUGGUCUUGUACAUGUAAAAGCCAAACGUAAAGAUCUGGAUAUUAAUAAACGUGUGAAGGACAUGUCUGCACGUGAUCCUGAAAAUAUAAAAACAGUUGUAAUAGUCGGUGGAGGACCGGCGGGUGCAACUUGCGCAGAGAGUCUGCGACAAGAAGGUUUUACAGGACGUAUCGUUAUGGUAUGCAGGGAGAAUGUUGUACCCUAUGAUCGCAUAAAAGUAUCCAAAGUGUUAGAUUUCGAUGUUCAGAAGGCAGCAUUAAGGCCACCCAAGUUUUAUGAUGAACACAAAAUUGAAACAAAACUUGGUGUAGAAGCUAUAGGCUUGGAUACAACUCAAAAUGUUGUUAAAUUAAGUAACAAUGAGAACUUAAAGUAUAAUGAUCUAUUCAUAUGCACAGGCAGUAAACCGAGAAUGCCAAAUAUACCUGGAAGUAAUUUAUCAAAUAUUUUUGUGCUGCGAGAUUAUACUGAUUCACAAGACGUAUAUUCACAGUUAUCUCCCGAAAAACAUCUAGUUGUAUUGGGAUUAGGUUUCAUUGGUAUGGAAGCAGCAGCUUAUUGUAUCAAUAAAUGCAAAUCUAUUACAGUAAUAGGACGCGAUACUGUGCCUUUUAAAGCGAUAUUCGGCACCGACAUUGGUGGUAGAAUUGGAAAAGAGCAUGAAGCAAAAGGGGUAAAGUUUAUCUUUCAAAACAAUAUCAAGCAAUUUAUUCCAAAGGAAGAUGAAGAAAAUGUUUUGGGUAGAGUCGAACUUACAGAUGGUCAAAUUUUACCAGCAGAUAUAGUUAUUGUUGGAAUAGGAUCUACUUUUUACACAGAUUGGCUGAAAGACUCACUUGUUGAAAUGAGGAAUAAUGGCACUAUAAUAGUAAAUAAGCAUCUAAAAACAAAUAUAGAAAAUGUAUAUGCUGGAGGUGAUAUAGCUUAUGCACCAAUAUAUGGAUCUGAUGACAUAUUUGCUGCAAUAGGUCAUUAUUCUUUAGCCCAUUAUCAUGGCAAAGUUGCAGCUCAGAACAUAUGUGGUAAAGAAAUUCCUUUGAAGACAAUACCAUUCUUUUGGACCAAUUUAUUGGGCAAAAAUUUUAGAUACGCAGGUCAUGGGAAACCUACUAGUAUAAAAAUAUAUGGCUCAUUGGAUAAAUUGGAAUUCUUUGCUUAUUAUUUUAAAGAUAGUAAAGUAAUAGGAAUGAGCAGUGGUAAUGCUGAUCCUGUUGUAGCAGAUUUUGCAAAUUUACUUUAUGAAGGAAAGACAUUAACAGAAGAGGAAAUUAAUGCAGACCCAUUUGGUUGGAUGAGAAAUAAGCCAAAGGAUGUGUUAACACGAUUUCAAGAUAGCUUUUUAGUAGAUGUAUAGGCUUGAAAUAUGUUUUAUACAAUGACACAGUAUUAAUCCUAAUUUCUGAUUUGUACAUUAUCGAUAUACUUUAUCAAGCUUAUAUAAUAUAUCUGAUAUUGUCUUUUCUAUGUUAAAAAAUAUCCUCGAUGUAAUAUAUUGUAUCAAUUUACAUAAAAUUGUUGGAAAGAAAACUAUAUAACAUUCCUAAGAAACAUUUAUUCAGUUUAUAGCAAUCUAAAGCAAUUUAUAAAAUAAAAU